AUGAAGUUUCUGGAUUCCCUGAGCUUGCUCAACCUGGUGCUGCAGAAAACAGGUACUACUUCUCUCCCAGAGACUGAGAGAAAGAGAGAAGCACAGCCACAGGGAGAAGGCAAUUCUAACGCAGGUCUGCAUCUGGGGAACUAUGCCCUGAGCCUGGAUAACUACGAUGAGGUCACUGACCUGAGCAGCUAUGAAGAGCUCACAGACUAUGGGGACCACCUCCCCCAAUUUAAAGGAACCAGUCUGGCUCCUUUAAAUAGGAUCAGCUCUACUCAGAGCACUAUGGCUCCAAGGACAUCUUCUUGAAACACCACAAUGACCAGGCCUGCUACAUUGGGCCUGCUGGGUUUCCCAACCAGCCACAGUUAAGUUCACAGUGACAGCCUGCCCACCUGUCUGGUCUGCAUGUGCCUUGGUUCCUCUGUGUGCUGCAACGACACUGACUUAGAGAACAUCCCUCAUCUUCCCCAGACAACCACCUACCUGUAUACCUGCUUCAACCACAUCCACCAAAUCCAGGCCAGAGACUUCAAAGGGCUGACAAAACUGAAGAGGGCUGACCUCUCUAGCAACUUCAUCUCCUCCAUCAGUGACAAUGCCCUCCACCUACAUCCUGCUCUGCAGGAUCAGAUCCUCCCAGAUAACCAGCUGGCAGCCCUGUCCGGGCUCCCUACAGGCAUCAAAGUCCUGAGCAUCUGCCUGAAUUGGCUCCAGAGCUGGGGGAAAAGCCUAGGAGUCUUCAGGGCUUUGGAGAAGCUGCGUUUCCUCUACCUGGCUGGCAACUUGCUGGAUUCCAUCCCAGAGCCCCUCCCCCUGAGCCUAUGUUCGCUACACCUGCAGUGCAACUGUUGAUGUGUUCUUUCCAGAAUAAUGAUAGAGACCAUGCAGAGUGACACCUUCUGUGACGAGGAGGAGCACAAGCAGACACAGAGGCGGCUGGAAGACUACUGCCUGGAUGGCAACCUCAGUUUGGGCCUCUUCACCGGUGUCUACUUCUGCCUGCCACAGCUCCCUGCAGGCCGCUUCUCCUAG